GCUCAGCUCCAGUAGUCCUCCGCCCAUCCACCGUUAGAGAAGAAGCCGCACAACCCGACGCUCGUCCCUCAUCUAAACAUAUGGCAAAAACCGCCCUCUUUCUUUCUUAUAUCGUUGGGCCCACUACUCUUUAAAAAUUCCGCCGAAAAAGAGAAGACGAUUUUCCAAAACAUUCUGGCCGUUAUCUCACGGCUCCCCUGUCUCUGCACAGGUGUAUGAGCGCUACCCAGAGGGCCUAGGGGCGGCUCUUUACCGGGAGCACUUUGACUUCAACGCUGAGCCACCUUGGGAUCCUAGCUGAUAGCGGGACAGGUCCAUCUCCUGACUUGUCCAUUUUGUUGCAUACCGGCAGGACCCCAUUGGCUCAGUCGUGACCCUUUGACUUGCUUAUCUGUUCUUUAUGAUUGUCGGCUUAGCGGAAUACGGUUGAGAUGAAAGGACUCGCUGACAAACCCAGCUACAUCAUUGAACUCCUGGAGGGAGGAGUGACCCUUGAAGAUGUCAUCGACGGACACAUCUGCGAGCAGGCUCUGGUGGAGAAGAAUGCAUUUGUGGUGGGGGACCUCGGUGCCCUGAUGCGGCAGCAUGUAUGCUGGCAGAGCGUAGCGCCACAGCUGCAGCCCUACUACCCAGUCAAGUGCAACAGCAGCCCUGCGGUCAUCGAGGUGCUGGCUUCCUUGGGCCUGGGCUUCGUUUGUGCCAACAAGACUGAAGUGAGCCUGGUGUUGGAGCAUGGCGUGCCACCAGAAAAUAUCAUUCUGUCAGGCGUGUGCAAGCAGCUGGCGCACAUCAAGCACGCUGCCAAGAACAACAUCCAGCAUCUUGUAUGUGAAAACGAGGCAGAGUUGUCCAAGAUUUCCCGCCUGCACCCUGGUGCAAAGUUACUGUUGCAGUUGACCACUGAGGCCCACGCAGCUGAGACCAGCAUGGCCUUUGGCUCCUCUCUGAAAAGCUGUCGGCACCUGCUGGAAGCAGCCAAGGAGCUUGGAGUCCAGGUGGUGGGGGUGACCUUCCACAUUCCCAGCUCCUGCCAAGACCUACAACAGGCCUACACCCAUGCACUGUCAGAUGCCCGCUGUGUGUUUGACAUGGGGUUUGAUCUGGGCUUUAACAUGAACAUCCUGGACAUUGGUGGUGGAUUUACUGGCUCAGAGUUUCAGCUCAAACAGGUUGAGUCUGCAGUCAGGCCACUGCUGGAUGCCUACUUCCCCCCACUGUCCGGUGUGCAUGUGUUGGCCCAGCCGGGCAGCUUCUACGUGGCCUCAGCUUUCAGCCUGGCUGUCAACGUGAUCGGGAAAAAGGUGGUGACCCGCCACUGGGACACCCUUGCUCAAGGUGUGAACAAUGAAGAUACCGAGUUCCUGUACUACAUGAAUGAGGGUGUUUAUGGCCCAUUCAGCCGCAAGCUGCUGGGAAACUGCAUCGCUGCCCCGUCAGUGCACAAGCAUGCGCUGUGCACUGAGAAGGGAGUGUAUCCCAGCAGCCUGUGGGGCCCGUCACUGGACCAGCUGGACCAGGUGGUGGAGCGCUGCCUGCUGCCUGAGCUCAGUGUGGGAGACUGGCUUUGCUUCCCCAACAUGGGAGUGUGUGGCCUGGAGGAGUUCAGCUGCCUCUCCAGCUCCCCCCCGCUGCCUGUCUACUACACUGUCUCCACCUGUGACUGGUACGAAAUGCAGGAGGCUGGUGUGGCGCUGGACAGUGCCAUGAAGAAUUUCUCCAUGGUCCAGUACAGUGCAUAACUCCCCUCUGCCCCUGUCCUGUAUUAUAUUGCACAGAUCCUCCUUAGCCUCUGCUUUCACCAUGUGAGAAGAGAGGCCAGCGAGGUAUUUGGGACAAGGGGCUAAAUGUGGUCAACAUUCCAGCCACCUUGGAAAAUGCAGUGUCCUAUUAUUUCUUACAGGAAUUUGAAUUUUGUACCUCUCAAGUAAUUGGUUGUUCGAUACCUCAAUUGUCUAAAAUUUAAUCUGGAAGGUGAUUGUUUUCAUCCUCCCUCCUCCCUCCGAUGGACUCCAAAUCUUGUCAGCUAAAAGAACUCCAACUCAAAUGACAAUAUGCAACAAAAUGGACGACUCUUUGGAGAUGGGACCCCCCAACGUGUUUGGGGUGGUUUGUUUCCUAAAUCAAAUCCAGUUUACAAAAUGUACAAUUGAUUUAAAUCAUGUUCUCUAUUGAUUACCUGUUGACAGUCGUGUAAAUCCUGUGUCUGUUCAACACCAAUACAUUUUGUCUGUAGAUGAUUUUUGAAGUGUUUAAAAGAAUCAAUGCCUCGUGUGGAUUCUGUACGUCAGACCCCUCACUUUGCAUAGUCUAAAUGAAAUUAUGACAAUGAUGUAACCUAUUUCUUUAUUGCAGCUCACCUCAAUGCAUUUUUAUUUAUUGGAUUCAGAUAUCACUGGGGCAAAUUUAAAGCUCCAUCUUUACGUGUGUUUUGCCCAUGUAUUAUGCUGUGGCCCAUCUAACAGUGUUUUCCUGAUAAGAUAUUGGUGUGUUUUUUUAACGCUACAUGGAUUAAGUGUGCUGUGAUUGCCAUUUGUGACCUCAGUGGUUUCCCUUUACUCGAAAGGCAUGAAGGAAUUGCUGUGGGAGAUUCUCUCUAUGCUGAGCUACAGCUUGAAUACAGAGAAGCUGCAUACACCCGAAUGCACUCCUUGCCUCUAAUAGAAAGGGGGUUAAUCUGGUUUAAAAAUGCACAAAAUCUUUUGUAGGUUAAACAUGUACUGUGACAUUUCACAACACAGCCCUGAUUUUUCAGAUCAUCAUAUUGGUGUCUCUUGCCAAGGGACUCGGCCCUUGUUCUCCCAGGAUCUGAAAAACCAGCAAAGAAGUUGUUUCUGAAUACUGCUCAAACAUAAAUUAUUUGUAUGUGGACUUGCAUGUCUUUAUCUCUCACAGAAGAGACAUGCUAGUUGUGCACAGACCCCUCGGAGGCUGCGCAACACAGAUAACAAGCCAGACUUUUCCUCAUGCCUCUCUAAAGUUAAGAGGGACAUAAUGCACAGUCUCUUGUACAGCUAAAUGUCUCAUGUCUAAUAAUAUUAAAGGUGAUCUGACUCAACUGCAGUUUUUAAAGAAUCCUGCCCUUGUGUGAUACAAAUGACUAAUGUAUUAUUAAUUGCUUGUCUAAGGCACUAAUGGACCAUAGCCUGUUUUUGACUGUAAAUUGUGCUUGUUAAAGUAAUGAAAGUGAUUAAUUUAAUACAUUUCUGAUUUAAAUCA